AUGCCUUCAUACUUCCGCAAAAUCAUCCCAUACGCCAUACCCGGCGCGCUGGCACUUCUUGGCUGCUGGUGGAUCUAUUCCCACAGAAAAAAGCAGGUGAGCUCUUCUGACAAACAAGAAAGCGUAGCUGCUGAAGAAGAGCAGCAGCAAGAAGCGCCAGAGGAGGAUUCACCACCAAAGGAAGAAGCGGGCGUUCCAACAAGAGAGGCAGUCUUCGAGGAAGAGGAACACCCCGAGAAUGAAACCUCGACCUCCCUGCCGUCAGCAGGGUCGACGACACCCUCUCUUCCCUGUCAAACUCAUGAGAGGCCAAAUCUCUCAGAGGACCAUCCAGACCUGUCCGUGACCACACUGCAGCCCAGCACCGUUGCAGAGGACAGUGCAAAGCCGGAACCAACAGGACCUCCGGAUGAAAGCAGUGGCCCUGCUUGUGUUUCUCUCCCCCUGACCUCGGAGUGUCAGGGCAGUGCUGCGGUGAGCCUGGCAGAGGAUUCAAGCUCUGGUGCCAACCCAGAUCAGUGUGCAGCAGGUUUGGCUGUCAAAGGCAUGGCUUUUGUGGACAAUGACUGUGCCAUGAGGAAGGCAGUGACGCAUCAGCACGCUCAUCCAGAAGGAGGCUCCUGCAAGUCCGACUUCACUAUCUGGGAAACAGAGGUCCCAAAGGCUUUAGUUGGCCGCUUGAUCGGCAGAAAAGGAAGAUUUAUGAACUACCUGAAGGAAGUGUCUGGUGCCAAAGUUUACGUCACAACACUCCCUUAUUUCUGUGACUCCCGAGUCUGUCACAUCGAAGGCUCUGCACAACAAGUAGAAAAAGUACUGAGCCUGAUUGGCCAGAAGUUCACAGAGCUGUGUCUCACCAACAUCUACGCUCUACCUCCACCAACACCGUUGACACUUCAUUCGCUCCUUAUGACUGCCUGGCUCUUCCUCCCACAUGGAGUUCCUGUAGAAGUGGUCGUGGCAAACCAAGUCGAUGCUGGACACAUGUUUCUACAGCAGUCUACACACCCCACUUUCCACGCCCUGCGUAGCCUUGACCAGCAGAUGUACGCCUGCUACUCUCAACCUGCAAUUCCAACCCUGCCAACUCCAGUAGAAGUUGGUAUUAUCUGCGCGGCUCCAGGCCUGGGUGGGGCAUGGUUACGGGCUCAAGUCAUCAGCUACUUCGAAGAGACCGGUGAAGUGGAGCUCAGAUAUGUGGACUACGGAGGAUACGACAAAGUGAAGGUCGACACGCUCAGACAAAUCAGGUCUGAUUUCUUAUCACUGCCUUUCCAAGGAGCGGAAGUUUUCCUGGACAACGUGGUACCGCUUCCAGGCCAGGAUCACUUUUCCUCCGAGGCUGACGCUGCUGUUGUUGAGAUGACCGAAGGCGCAGUCCUAGUGGCGCAGGUCACAAAUUAUGACAACGCAACAGGUCUGCCACUGAUCCAGCUGUGGAACUUGAUGGGAGACGAGGCAGUGUCAGUGAACAGAGCUCUGGUGGAAAGAGGACUGGCUCAGUGGCUUGUCUACUAGCCAUGUCCUAGGCACCUUGGGAACUCAUUCGGCGAAUAAAUCUUGUUUUGC